CGGUCCCCGUGUCCCCGUCUAUGGGCACGGUGCCAGCGGGGGCGCAGGGGAGGCGCCCGGCUCCUCGCCCCUGGGCAGCCCCAUGUCCCCGCGCUCGCUGUCCUCGGACCCCUCGUCGCGGGACUCGUCCCCGGGCCGCGAGCUGGCCCCCGCUGUGGCCGCCCCCCGCUCGCCCAUCGCCAUCCCCCGGCCCGGCAAGAAGUUCGGCUUCACCCUGCGGGCCAUCCGCGUCUACCUGGGGGACAGCGACGUCUACAGCGUGCACCACGUCGUCUGGCACGUGGAGGAGGGGGGCCCGGCACAGGAGGCCGGGCUCUGUGCUGGGGAUCUCAUCACCCACGUCAACGGGGAGCCCGUGCACGGGCUGGUGCACACCGAGGUCGUGGAGCUCAUCCUCAAGAGCGGCACCAAGGUGCUGGUGACCACGACGCCGCUGGAGAACACCUCCAUCCGCCUGGGGCCUGCGCGGCGCCGCAGCGCCCGCACCAAGAUGGCGAGGAGGAACCGCCGGGGCGGCGCCGGGGGCGGCCACGAGAGGCGGCGCAGCGCGCUGUUCCGCCACCUGGCCCGGCAGGCCUCGCUGCUGCACACGAGCCGCUCGCUGACGUCACUGAGCCGCUCGCUCUCCUCCUCCGACAGCCUCCCCGCCUCCCCCACGCACGCGCGCGCGCGGGACCCCGCCCUCCCGCCGCGCGCCGCCGAGACAGGGCCGUCCCCUCCCAGCAGCUCCCCGGGCUCCAGCGCUCCCCCGUCGCCGGCCCCGGGCCCGCACCUGCGUCCCAGCUCCCUGCAGGGGCUGUCCCCGAAGCUGCAGCGGCAGUACCGGGCGGCGCGCUGCAAGUCGGCCGGCAGCAUCCCGCUCUCGCCGCUGGCCCACACGCCCUCGCCGCCCGCCGCCUCGCCGCCCGCCUUCCCCGCCAAGCUGCACCCCAAGGCCGCCGACUCGCCGCGCCUCGCCCGCCGCGGCCCCCCCGACAAGGCGCUGCCCCCCCCCCGCAAGCUGGGCCUCGAGGCCCGCAAGGACUUCCCGGCCGAGCCCCCCCUGCAGAGCCUGGCCGAGUGGGACGGCGAGAGCCCCGGUGACGGGGCGCCCCCCCCGGCCCCCGCCCGCCGCCUGGGUCGCCAGGAGCCGCCGCUGCUGCUCGGGGCCCCCACCGGUGCCGAGGGUGCUGCCGCCGCCCCCCCCAAGGCGCUGAGCCCGGUGCAGGAGCACGAGCAGGGCCGCAGGGGGGGCGCGCCGGGGGUGCCCCCGGUGCCCAUCGUGGUGGUGGGGGCCGGAUCGGGCCCCCCCGGGGAGGGGGAGAGGGCGGGGAGGGGAGCCCCCACCGGGCGCUGA